AUGAACCGUCAACAUAUGAUUUGGCUCGAGCAAGCAUCACCAACCGAAUCACGCUUGCUCAGACUGCCAAAAGAACUGAUCCUUAAGAUCAUGUCCUACGUUGCAGUCGAUUCACAAACAGAUUAUCCAUCGUCUCUGAUCGAACUAUCAAAGACGUCCAGAGAAAUCUAUUAUCUCAUACACCACGACCCAUGGCGCUUACUAACCCUCUGGCGCUGUGCCUUCCACGUCCGUUUCGAUACUGCAGCUCUUUACCGCCGCCGUCUCGACCGAUACAUAGACUGGAAAGCGGUCAUGAACCGGCGAUUUAAGGCUCUCUAUGGCUGUAGGGCCUAUGCUCAGACCCGCCAGACAUCAAACCUUCAAUAUCUGGACUGGGAAGUGAUCUGGGAAAUGCUGACCGAGCAUGAUGAUCGAAAUGUCUGGCUACUACAUUAUUACGAUGUUCCAGUAGCUGCCGCGGAUGCCUUUACUCAUAGUGAUGGCAGUAAUCAUGCAAUCAUAUUACCGAUCCUAUCAUUACUCGUAAAUUACGAUUUCAAACUUACCGACGCUCUCCGAUCAUCCCAAAAUAGCCAGAGUCAAAUUGUCUGUCCAUCCCUCACUAGAAUGGCCUAUCACCCAGAAACAGACGUAAUGCAGACCACAGACAUGGCUACAACAUUUUCUCCGGCCCAAGAUUCUUCUUCCUCAGCCUAUCACCUUUUCUUCGCCACCAUAUUUGCUCAUCAUCCAACACCUUACCAAUCCAUCCCAGGCUGCGUACCAAUUCCUCUCUUCCCGCUCUCGUCUGCUCUCUUUGAUGUCGAGUAUCUUCGACGCUAUGAACGAAAUCUUUUUGUAGCAAGUCUUUCUGAAUCCCGCUGUGGCUGGCAAGACAGGCCGGUAAUCGGCUCGGUUGAGAACGUGUAUGCCUCCACAGGCUUUGGUUCACAAAGUCACUAUGUCACCGAAGCACAUCGGAUCGAAGGCGAGUGGAUCGGCUACUACUCUUUCCAAGACGAAGGCGACAAUGACAGCGACAAUAGUAGCACCAGCACAAUUUCCUCACAGCCCGGAGACUGGGUCGAUGGUCCUAUUCGAUUAUCUCUCCACAUUGUCCCACUUGAUCCACACGUCCAUUCGUCACCACAGCAACUAUCUUCAUCAUAUUUAUCAUCAUCAUCUUCAUCAUCAUCUUCAUCAUUAUUAGAAUCAUCAUCUUUAUAUUUAUCUUCACCACCUUAUUGCAAAACUUCCGAAAAUACAACCGACUCUCUUGGCUUUCCAUCUAAUCACCUCCGAACAUGUCCUCUGACUCGCUUUGAAGGCACAGGCAUCGACGGCAAUGGAGCCUUUACGGUCUCAGGAUUAAUAGACGACUCCGAAGACGGCCAGAUAACAUGGGAGAAAUCCUAUGUCGAAUCAGAAGAAACCUGGGAAUACUCUGGUCGAUUCGUCUGGCCCAUGGGUCUGUGCGGCCGUUGGGGCGACGAAGAGUACGGAGGUCCUUGGUGGAUAUGGAAAGCUGCCAGCUCAGACUCCAUCGCACUCCCUCUACCUGUAUUAAAACCACACUAA